GUUUAUUGUAGGGGCGUACAAAUCGUCAACAAAACAUUGACGCCAUUUUGUGUAUUCAGUUAUUCCUUAUUCCAAAAACGGUAUCGAAUAAUACAAGAAACAUCCAGAUAAUUUUUCGAAGAGUUUAGAUAGUAAUGUUUCUGUGAUAAUUACGGUGUGCUGUUAAAAACGAUAUUUUUUUUGUGAUAUGCUUCCGACAUUGGUCUUUGUGUAAUCUACAAGUAUCUAGGACAUAGUUGAAGGAAAACAUUUAAUUUUAAAGAUGAGCUCGAAGGAUGAUGAGUACGACUAUUUAUUUAAGGUUGUUCUUAUUGGUGAUUCUGGUGUAGGAAAAAGUAAUUUGCUAUCUAGAUUUACUAGGAAUGAAUUCAAUUUGGAAUCAAAAUCUACAAUAGGUGUUGAAUUUGCUACAAGAAGUAUACAGGUGGACGGUAAAACGAUCAAGGCCCAAAUAUGGGACACGGCCGGCCAGGAGCGCUAUCGGGCCAUCACGGCCGCCUACUAUCGCGGUGCGGUCGGCGCCCUAUUGGUCUACGACAUCGCCAAGCAUCUCACCUACGAGAACGUGGAACGGUGGCUGCGCGAGCUCAGAGAUCAUGCGGAUCAGAACAUCGUCAUCAUGCUGGUGGGCAACAAGUCUGAUCUGAGGCAUCUGAGAGCAGUGCUGACCGAGGAGGCGAAGGCGUUCGCCGAACGGAACGGCUUGUCUUUUAUCGAGACGAGUGCGUUGGAUUCGACUAAUGUUGAUAUGGCUUUCCAGAAUAUACUCACUGAGAUCUAUAGAAUCGUGUCGCAAAAACAAAUAAGAGAUCCGCCAGAGGGCGAUACGAUCCGACCACAGAACGUAGAACCAAUAGACGUGAAACCGACAAUGAAUUCCGAUGGGGUGCGAAAACAGUGUUGUCAGUAGUAAUUGUUAGCAAUAUUAUCUAUGUUACACUAAAAUAAAAACACCGGUAAGAAUUCCCACGAUGCAUUCGCAUUUUUGGAUAAUAGGCUAGUGAACUGAUAUUGCUUCACAACACUGUGUCAUUACAGACCUCAAAAGAUUUUUCAUGCCUCUCAGAUGUUUUUUUUUUAUGAAAGUUGUUUGAAUUACGUUCUGAUUCUAAUAGACUAUGCUAUUCCGCCCAAUAUCGGUAUGACGUAACCACGUGCUUUGUGACCAAACUUUCGGUAAAUAUCUGUUGGAAACUCGGCAACUGUGCUCUGUGCUUUCUAACUAUAUUAUGCAAGAUGUGCAGCAAUGUUGCCACGUUACAAAUUGAAUCUCCUUUGGUUUGAAUUAAUAAUGCUUUGUUCUCGUUCACAGUAAGAAUGAAGAAACUAGGAUUCUGUCUGUUCAUUCGUGACGUCACUAGUUGUUAGUGGCUAAUUCCUACCGUUUGAAUUAAACUGUUACUUCAUCUGUGAUUUUGAGAUCUUGAAACCGUUUUUAAAAAUAAAAUAAUUGAAAGAAAAUUCCGUCAUUAGCUCAAUAUUCUAAUUUGUUCUUCAUUGGUGAAAUGCUCAUCAGAUUUUGAUUUUUUUUUCACAACUAGAAAAUGUGAAAAUCUAUUGGAGCCAGCCAGAAUAUCCAAAGAUGCAGAUGGAAUUUUCCGAUUAUGACUCUUCUGAAUGAUAUUUUUUAGAUUUCAGCAAGUAGUGCCGCAUAUUCCUAUUCACUUUGGCUACAGUUUUGUUUGCUGUUUCAUUUGGAAUAUCCUAAGAACAAUAAUAUUAUGAUUGCUGAAAUUUGGUUGAACUGAGCAGGAUAAAACUGUUUUGCCGCGCACUCAGUAUGCUAUCCCAUUUGAGUUUGUAAAUUUUCGGUACUUUUAUUUUGAAUAUAUAGAUCAUAUUAUAUAAGAAAGUAAUGAGAAGAUACAUUUUUAUUUAUAUUUAAUUAUGUCUUUCAAGGGCAUAUUAUGUCUUAUCAGGUGCAUAUUUAUUGUUAACUUAUGUUUAAUUUCUGUGUAUUUUUGGAGGUAUUAAACAUUAAUAUAAAUUCAAUAUUUUGUUUCCUUGUCAAGGUUACUGCAAUGAAUAAUAAAUUGAUGAAUUGUGAAUGUGCUCCAGAUUGAAAGUUAUAAUACUAAUAUGAACUUUAUGAAAAUUACUCACUUGUUGAAUUGAAAUAUCAUAGCACACCAGAUUUGACAAAAUAAUAACCGGUUUCCAAAAAUGGUGUGGAAUGAUUUUUUUUUGUAGUUGAAUUGUUUUAAACUUGUAGCCUGAUACAUGAAAAAUGUAGAUAAAUAAUAUUCUGUUAUAGUACACUAUUAUUAUAAUACUAAUGGUUAUUUUAUUUGGACAAAUAAAAUAAUUGUUGUAUAAGCU